UGUCCAAAAAAACAAACACAAACGACUUAAAUUGCAACGUUGUCAAAGGGCAUAUAUUUUACGAGAAAAAAAAAACGUAAAUGUAGUGAUUAAUUCUUCCCUUUCUUUGUAAAACUAUGAAAGAUUAAAGUAACACGCGAUGAAAUUCAAUAAAUUUCUGUAUUUUGUUACAUUAAGUGUGACGACUUUGUUGUUUACCACUUUGGCUCAGCCAGUGGAGGAAGCACUUCUGCCAUCCACCACAACCACCAAGAACAACAGCUUGACAGCAAACAAUGAAGCUAAAAAUGUCAUUAAGCUUAAUGAUAAGGAUACCAAAGUGAUAGCAGAACCAGCCUUGAAGACACCAUUGACACCACUGGAUCCCAAUAGCAUCAAAGACGCAUAUAAGGCUAAAUCACGAAAAGUUAACCCUGUGGAAGCGUAUGCAAUUGAUUCCAAAGUGGAGAAUGAGAAGAAAACAAUGCAAAAUGCCGCCGAGACAAACACAACAACAACUUCAAAGCCAUCACCUAAAAUAGAAGAAAAGAAACUUAAACAACAUGUCUCUGAAAACGUUUCCAUAGAUGCUGUGACCAAUGCAACCGCUCAAUCCAGCAGUAAUGGAACCACCGCUAACAAUGGUCAGCAAAAUGUUACGACCAUUUUAAAUGAAACGAAAACAAAUUCUACCACUUCUGCAAAGAUUGUCAAUAAUCAGGCGGAUGAUAAGACAACAGCACAAAUGAAUCACAUUGCUAAAAAUAAUAAUGCGAACGCAAAUGAUACGGCCCCAAUUAAAACAACAGCAAAAUCGUUAACUUCCCCUGUCGCCGCAACAACUUCUAAGCCAACAACAAAAACGCCAAUAACAACAGACACCAAAUCACAAAAUGCAGCUUCAGCAAAGCCAGGAACAAGCAACAGCAACCAACCUAAGGCAAACUCUACCAGCACCACAACGACUACUACCACCACUACAACUACGACAACGACAACUACAACUACGACAACAACUCCCAAACCCAAAAAACCCCCGAUUACCUAUAGUGUGGAAGAUUUUCCCGAUUUGGAUAAAGAAAAUCCCGCAUGGCGUAAUCUAAGGCAACAGCAAAAAUCUUCCAACAACAAAUUGCCGUUGCCAGAAGUCCCAUAUGCUCAACCCUCACAGGAGGAUUUCAAUAAUAGCAGUUUCCAUGGCGGUCGUGAUUAUAUUCUACCCAUAGUCUCUAUGAUUUUCAUAAUACCCUUGGUAAUUGGCGUUUUGAUAACCACCUAUAGACGCUUCCGCGAUUGCUGGUCCACCCGCCAUUAUCGUCGCAUGGAUUUCCUAGUCGACGGCAUGUAUAAUGACUGACGACGACGAGCACACGGCGGUCCAUGUCAAUACAGCGAUCAACAACAACAGCAGCAGCAACAACAUAGACAUCUGUUAACAGCAGAACCCAAAGCCGAUGAAGAGGAGGAUGAGGAUGAAGAUAUAUGGAAUGUGUCACAAAUUGCUUAGCAUUGAUAAAAUGUGAUAUAUACGCAUCGCUGGCUGUUUGUUUUUCGUUUUAAGUUUUAUUUCUAAGAGAGAAUUUAUGCAUUAUAACUUGAAAAUGUAUAACAUUUAGGUUUUGUAUUACAAUCGAUGCCAUUACCCACACACACACA